AUGAAUGGAACCAGGAUUGCAGUUAAGGAUUUGCUGGUGACGAGAAGGACGCCCGGGGUGGUGAAAAGUGGUCCUCGACCUCUACAAGUGCCAAAAUCGCCAUUGUUGACCAACUUUGAGAAGUGGUCGGAUAAGAAGAGGAAGCUGUACUUUGAUAGCGGAGACUGCAUGGCUGCCAAUGGGUUGGGAAGUUUCCACUUAAAUCAGAACUUGUUUGCGUCUUUGCUGGCUUCGCCGAUGAGAUGCGACAGGAUGUCAAGACUUAAGCUGCCUAGGGAAUAUUUGACUCAGCUGAAGCUCAAGAAUCUACAACCAAAACUAGGUAAACAUAGCUUACAGCUAGGCUUUGGGCAGGCGGACUGUAAGGGUGGUAAAAGCUCUUACGUAGUGAACUCGAAUGAGCUGUUGAAGAAAAAUGUGAAGUCAGCCAGCAGCUGGAUCCCAAUUCCAGCGUUGAUGUCAAAUAUGAGAUAUUUCAACGUUUCAGAUGUGCUUGUCGAUAAGGAAAACUUUGCCAGUGAGAGCGUCAUUGAGCUCCGCAGAGGCCUGGAACGUGAACUGGGCAAACUGCCGAAGAACGGGCGGGGAGCGACAUUGGAGGGGUGGGAUAUUGUUGUCUGCUUGGAACCAAAGGCUAACAGUCCCUUCGAGAUUGUACGACGAGAGUCUCUUGAGGUAAUAAUGUUUAAUGUCAAGUUCCUCGAUUCUGAACGCUGGGUACGCGAAGCCAUACAGUCACAUAGAAACCAUGAGCUUGGAAUGGUGCUCAAACUUCCAGAGGAUAGCGAGCUUGUGAAAUGCAUCUAUCGAAUAUGGGCCUCUUUUUCGUUGCUGAGGUAA